CUGGCAGCCGAGGAGAGCGCGAGGCGGAGCCGCCGCGAGCGGAGCGCUGCCCUUCCCCGCCGCCCGCUGCCCGGGUUCGCUUCCGACGGCGCAGCGAAGACGAAUUUAAGAAGUGCAGCAUGGCGAGGGGCUGCUUGUGUUUGAAAUACAUGAUGUUCCUUUUCAAUUUAAUAUUUUGGUUAUGUGGCUGCGGUCUCUUGGGUGUGGGAAUAUGGCUGUCAGUGUCACAAGGAAACUUUGCCACCUUUUCUCCCAGCUUCCCUUCACUGUCGGCAGCAAACCUGGUCAUUGCCAUUGGUACUAUCAUCAUGGUGACUGGCUUCCUAGGCUGUUUGGGUGCUAUCAAGGAAAACAAGUGCCUCCUCCUAAGCUUUUUUAUUGUUUUGCUGAUCAUUCUCCUGGCUGAGCUGAUACUACUCAUUUUGUUCUUCGUUUAUAUGGACAAGGUUAAUGAAAAUGCGAAGCAGGAUUUGAAAGAAGGGCUCAAGCUGUACAACACGGAAAAUAAUGUUGGGCUGAAGAAUGCUUGGAAUAUCAUUCAGGCAGAGAUGCACUGCUGUGGGGUUACUGAUUACAAAGACUGGUACCUUGUACUGGGUGAAAACACUGUCCCUGACAGAUGUUGCAUAGAGAAUUCUGAAGACUGUGGCCGGAAUUCCACUAAUAUGAAUUUAGUGUGGAAAACGGGCUGCUAUGAAAAAGUCAAGAUGUGGUUUGAUGAUAAUAAGCAUAUACUCGGGACAGUUGGGAUGUGUAUCCUCAUAAUGCAGAUACUUGGCAUGGCUUUUUCCAUGACUCUCUUCCAGCAGAUUCACAGGACUGGUAAAAAAUACGAUGCCUAAGAAACACUACAUUGCUAACUGCAUCAGGACUUCUCUCUUGGCACUGUUGGUGCAGGAGGAAGAGAAACAACUCUGAAAAACGAAAAUCAAGCUGUACCUGCUUGGGGCCUCCAUCCUACCAUCCACCACGUGACUAAGCACAAUGUAUUACUGGACUUCCUUUUUGUUUCUGUUCAUUUACCAUUUUUGCCAAAGAAGAAAGGAAAAUUACUGAGAGCAAAUCAGCUUUCUGCACUACUUUGUAGACCCACUGUUUAUACUGCUCUCUAACAUUAUUUAAGGAACAACCUUUACACUGCUAUCUGUAUUAGACCAUUGAGGAUAACCCGACUGGUGUGUGUUUAACUUCUAGAAAAAAAUUGUUUCGAUCUCAUGGGUCACAAGCAGCUUUUGCCGAACAUAAUACUGGGAGACUUGAAAAAGCCACACAAAUGGAGAUCCUGUGAAUUUGAGCUGCUUGGGGUAUAGGGUUUUUGUUUUUGAUGGGGAAUAUAUUAUUAUUAUCUUACUGUGUAUACUAGAAUUUAGUACCCUGGUUUAUACAUUUUUACCGUUUCUCUCCUU